AUGUUAUUCGAAUACCCUUAACAACCUGCCUUUAUUUAAAAAUAUGAACUCAUUAAACAAUUUUUUAUUCAGCUCCAAUAAGUGAGACAAUGUGAAUCACAAUCUUAGAAAAUAGAUAGAUAAUCAGAAAUAGAUAAAUAAAAUUCAAAAGAAUAAAUAACUGAGGAAUCACUUAAGUACGAUGAUUCCACAACUUAAAGACAAAUCCCUAAACAAAGAAGAGCUGUUUAUAUUACAAAGAAAUAAGAAUAAAGGAAAUCUAAAGAGGUCGCCCCAAUUCCAAUAAGACCAUCUGAUAUUAUGAUGAUUGAAUAAUAGAAAGAGAAAAUUGAUUAAUUUUGUUAAGAUAAUAAGAUUCUGUAUGAAAACAAUAAGGAAUGCAUGUAUCUAAUAAAGAAAAUGGCGAAGAUGAUUAAGAAAUUGAAACAAUAAACAUGUUAAGAUCACUUAAAUAGUAUAGAACAUUUAUAAUUGAAAUUACGAAUAAAAGAUGCUGAAAUUGCAAAAAAAAAUGAAUGUAUUUAAUAGAUAAGAGAAAAAUAUACUUAAAUGAUUAAGGUUAUUGAGGAACAUACAAUAUAGGAGGAACAAUAAUGGCAAGAAAUAUAGGCAUAAUAAAUUGAAUUGGAGACAUAAAAUUAAUUUUUACGAAAAUUGCUAUCAGUAAAUUUUAGCGAUGAAUAAAUAAAAUAAUUGGAAUCACAAUAAAAUGAAGUGGAAUUAUAAUUUUUUGAUAAUUUUUGUAUUUCAAGGAAGGACUUAGACAAGUAAGCUAUUUUGGAAUAUGAAAAGAUGUUAUAAAAUAGGAAAUCAUAAAUAGAAUAGUAGUAUGUUGAUUGGAAUAUGGCUUAAAUAAACUCUCAUUAUUAAAAUCAAUAACCAAUGCAUCAACCAUUAUAAGAUUUGUAUGCAGAAGAGAAGGAGAUGAUGAUGAAAAAAUAAUCAAAUUAAUAAAUGAGUAAAGAAGAUAAAUAGAGAAUAAUGGAAGACCUAUUAAAACCAAUAGCAUCAUCGAAAUAAUAAUAGAUAAAUGUUCAAGAAGUGAAACAAAAGUAGUUAGAUAUACUUUCUGGAUCAUCAUCAAAUAGUUCAAUAUAAAAAAAGGAACAAUCAGAUUAAUUUCAAUAAUAAUAACUAUAAUAAUAAUAAUAGCCAAAGAAAUUAGCAAUAGAUAUUGAUACAAAAGAGAGUAUUCCUGGAGGAGUAGUAAAAGAGAGUUAAGGAGAGAAUAAAUUGUCUACGAAAGAACAAUUGUUAAGCUCAUUAAAUUAAGGCUGGGAGAAGUUGAUAUAGAAAACAUCUCAUUAAAAAAGAUAUUAAGAAACAGAUGAGGAUAGUGAUUAAGUUAUUACUUACAAUCCAAAAAGUCAUAUGUAAAAUAUAGAGUUAAAGAAUAGGUUUACAAAUUCUUAAACUAUAAUGUAUGAAGGAGAUGAUUAUAUGGAAGAUGAUGAUGAAGAUGAAGUUGUUUAUUAAAACAUCUUUAAUUAAUAGAGUAAAUAAUUAUAGAAACCUACUCUUACUAAAACACAAAAGAAUUAAGAACUAUAAUAUUAGUGA